UUUGAAUGUAAAUUGAUUUAUAAAAAUAUUGAAAUUGUUUGGAACAAUCUUCAUCGUAUAUAUAUAGUGUGUGUUGUGUUUAAGUGAUCCACUUUGAUAGCAAAAAAAAAAAAUACAAUGAAAAUACUCGUACAUGAAUUACUUGAAGAAUUGAUUCAAGUGGCAGAAAAAUCGGCACAAAUAUCAAGAAUAUGUCGUGAUGAUAAUGAUGGUCUAUUUCGAAUAUUAAUACAGGAAAAAAUCAAUAAUGAUGAUGGUAAAAAUCCACGUUUUCAACAUGAUUAUAAAACAUUUGCCGAUGUUCUCAUACAGGAAAUGGCAAAAUUUUGUUUAGAAGCAAAGUUUCCAGGAUUUUCAAAACAAAUCUAUGGUGAAGAAAGUAAUCAUUUUCAGAAUAAAUUAGGAGAAAAAAUAUCGAUACAGAUUGGAAAUGAUCAACAAAUUACUUAUGAAAAUUUUGUAAAAAUUCUUGAUUAUAAUACUAGUGUAUCACAGAAAUUAGUUCAAGUUAUUUAUUCAUCAUCUUCAUCAUCAUCGUCGACCAUAAAUAAUUCUGUACAAUAUGAUAGUGAUUUGCCAUCAAUAAGUUUGGAACUAUCAGAUAUAGCUGUUUGGAUUGAUCCAAUCGGUAUGUACACCAAAUACAAUUUUAAUAAUAAUCACAAUUAUUCAUUGAUCAAUCAAAUAGAUUCAACAUCUGAAUAUAUUAAAGGCCAAUGGAACAAUACAAGUGAUCAAACGAAAUUAAUACCAAAAGGUCUUCAUUGUGUAACAUGUUUAUUCGGUGUAUUUGAUACUAGAACUGGUAUGCCAAUUAUCGGUGUUUGUAAUCAACCAUUUUAUCGAAAACAUAAUGAUGGAUCAUAUGAAGGUCGAUAUAUUUGGGGUUAUAAUAUUGAUCAUAUUAGCCGUAAUAAUAUUGAUGAAUCAAUGAUUAAAUCUGAUUCCGGUAUCAUUUUGAUUGGUGGUAAAGAAAAUAUUGAAUUAAAAGAAAGAAUCAAUAGAUUUGCCAAAACAAUGUAUGUUGCGGGUGCUGGACAUAAAUUAUUGAAUGUAGCAAUAGGUAAAGCUGAUCUGUUAUUAACAUCAUCAAAAUCAACAUAUUAUUGGGAUACAUGUGCAAUUCAUGCAAUUUUACGAUCUAUUGGUGGUGGUAUUAUACCAUUUGAAAAUUUUAUCCAAAUAAACAAUGAUAAUAUUGAUAAAUAUCUUGAACAUUCACAGAUAAGAUAUAAGGAAAAGACAAUGACCAUGAAGAAUUUUGAUUGUAAUCAUUCAAAAGGUUUGAUUGCAUACAGAUCAAUCGAUGCUGUACGUAAAACAUUGAAUCUUCUUAAGAUAUGAUCAUUUCUGAUUCUGUUGUUGAUUAUUUUUUUUGUUGUUGAAUUUAUUUGAAUUUUUAUCAUGUUAAAUUGUUGAAAUAAUUAUGUUUUUUUAAAUGGGACCA